AUGCUGACAAGUAGCAGCAGCAGCAGCACCACAACUAGCAGCAGCAGCAGCACUAGCAUAACCAUCAUCAGCAGCACUAGCACAAUCAGCACUAGCACAACCACCAGCAUCACCAGCAGCACCAGCAGCAUCACCAGCAGCAUCAGCACCAGCAGCAUCAGCACCAUCACCAGCAGCAGCAGGAGCAGCAGCAGGAGGAGCAGCAGCGGAAGCAUUUGUGUGUGCUACGCAGGGCGUUACAACGUGGAUUUGGCUGCGCCUGGGACGGACAUCAUUUCGACUUUGCCGGCCAGCCAAUUCGGCGACCGAUACGGCUUCAAGAGCGGCACCUCUAUGGCCACCCCCCUUGUUGCAGGUAUUGCUGCGUUGGUGUGGGGGGAGCGUAGGCAUAUGGCUGCAGCAGAAGUGCGUGAUGUGCUGCUGUACAGCGUAUCUCCUUUAGCUUCGCUUCAAGACAGCGUAGCAACAGGAGGCGUGGUUAAUGCUGCAGCAGCAAUACAGCUGGUGCAUGCGCUUAAUAAUCACGACAGAGGGAUUGAAACGCCCGAAGCAACAGCAUUUUAUCGCUGGCAGCAGCAGCAGCACCUGCAGCAGCAGCAGCUUAUCAGCAACACAUCGAACACCAACAGCAGCAACACAACUGCAGCAGGAAAAGCUCCGCAUGAUCAAUACAUUACACCUGGUGCUGCUGCAGCAUCAGCAGCAGCAGGAGCAGCACCAACCUCUCAAGGCCUAAUAAAUAACCCCUCGUCUGCUGCUGCUGCUGCAGCAGCAGCAGCAGGCCAAUCCGGUACAUCCCCUUAUCCCUAUAACCCAGCAGCAGCAGCAGCAGCAGCAGGCAGCCACCCAUACCCUGUGCUUGUUAUACCCGCACAUCCUGCAGCAGACAGCAGCACCGCCUUAGCUCCGUCUUCUUAUACUUCUCCUGAUGCAGCCGCCAGCAGCAGCAGCAGCAGCGGCAGCAGCAGCAGCAGCGACAGCAGCAAGGCAGCACUGAGCGCCGCAAGCUCCCCGCUCACCUUCUUCUCCAGGCUCCUGGAUCCCUUCGCACUCUUCGCUCGCUUUGUAAGAGCAUCAUCAUUGUAG